UAUCCGCUUGAGCUUCCCGCUCCUUUUGUUUUUCAAACCCCAUAACGUGUACAUAUACCAUUACAAUAAACCAACAGUUUACAUCGCAAUGGCCUCCGCUUUACCGGCCGCCUCCGCGUCCGGUCACCAAUCUGGUGCAGUAACAAGAAAAUCGUCUCUCAGAUCGGGAUUGAGAAGACCACAGAUAAAUCGCGCCGAAUCGAAUCCGGUAUCCUCUGCAGCUCACGGUCCCAAGUCGCAAUUUGCGGGAAAUGACAGCUCCGAUGACGAGAUACCUGUGCCUAUGAAGCUCAGUGCUCUGACCAAAGCUCUUCUCAACGACGAAGGACCUGAACAAGAGAAGGAUAAUGGACGCGUUCUGAGAACCCGGGGCCAGAGCCAUCGACCUUCGUCGCCGGUCCGCGCUGAGCCAGAGAAACCUAUGAAAAGACGUAGUGUUUUGAGUUCAUCAGUGACUUCGAAUGGAGAAGAGAGGAGACAUACUCGUGCUAGCAGCGCACAGGUUCCAUCGCGACAGUCUUCUCCUGUCAGAAGCCAACCUAGUAGAGAAAGCAGUCCAGUCAGAAAACGGGUGGUUCGAUUAAGCGCUGCGUCGGGAAACUCGGCAUCUGCUUCUGCUUCUCAAGUUAAACCUGCGAAGAGGAGGUCAACAUCGACGUCGCUCGCAGCCUCGCGGAAUGGAAAUCGACCUCCUAGCCGAGCUGAUAGUAGCAUGGCCGAGGAGAAGGCCAACGCAUCGGAAAUAAAGGACAAGGACUUGAACACGCCAGCCCAGCAGGGACGAGUGGUCAGGAUUGCUGUUAGUUCUUCGGGUGGUAGGGGUCGCUCGGGCUCUUCAGCUCAAUCUUCUCGACCAAAUGACCUUGCCUCCUCUUUCCAUUCUCACGCCGUGCAGUCUGACGAGAAUGACGGCCCCGAGGUUCCGCGAACUGCUCCACGGCAAACUGGGUCGUCUAAUCCGGGUAGCGCCUCUAGGCCAGGCUCUAACGGAUAUAGAAGUCGACAUGAAGAAAACCAAGGAGUACAGAGCUCGAUGCGUGUCAAGAGAGUAGGAAAGGUUCCCGGCAGCUUCCUCAGCGGCCCGGCGCGUCGAGGACGAAGGAGACAAAGUGAGGAGGAUGCCGAAAACGAAGGAGAGCCACUUCAGUCUAGCCAGGAACCGGAUGGACAGCAGCCUCAAAAUGCAAACGAUUACGAACAAGGGGACAAUUUGGCAUCAUCAUAUUAUGUACCGGAUCGUCUUGCUUCGGGGAGCCCUGUUAGCUCCAGGGGCUCUGCGAGGGCAUCCCAACGGAGGGACCUAUCGUCUGCGGAAGAGAACGGACGAGCGCUGCGCUCGCGACAGACGUCUCCCGAGCAUGAUGAAAUUCCCAUUCCGCAUUAUCGAAUCCCGCCUCCUAAGCCAGAAAUGCCUGCGAAAAACGAUCAAGAAAAUGAGGCCCCACCCACCUUCAGGAGAAAUAAGCCUGCUGUUAACAGCUUCCUAGAGAAGUUGGAUAAAGAUAUACCCAAGAUCUCCGCCUUAUCUGCUCGUCCCAUGAGCGCUAUUGAUGUACCUUCGAGCGCCUUGCGUCCUACCUCGCCCGAGCGCAAGGCUUUGGGCUCAUUGAGCCAAAACACGCCUCGUAGGGCAGCCCCAGCACCCCCGCCCAAGAUGUCCAUCCUCGAGGCUGCCACAUCCACAGCCGGAGCAGCGACCACUGUCGGGGCGGCAAAACGACGUAACUAUAUGAAGGUUAACGGCAAAUGCUAUACCAGACUGGACUCUCUAGGUCGUGGAGGAAGCGGAAAGGUGUACCGCGUGGCAGCCGACAACGGCAAAAUGUUCGCGUUAAAGCGUGUCUCCAUCGAAGGCGCUGACGAGAACACCGUCCGAGGUUACAAGGGCGAGAUUGAUCUUCUCAAGAAGUUGAAUAACGUGGAACGAGUUAUUACUCUGUACGACUACGAGAUGAACGAAGAGAAGCAGGUCCUCAGUUUGCUUAUGGAGAUGGGUGAGUUAGACCUUAACACGCUCCUCCGUCUGCGGCUCUCUCCCGAGAACGCCAAGUUUGAUCCGGUCUUCGUCCGGUACUACUGGCAAGAGAUGCUCGAGUGCCUGGCGUCGGUUCACGCUCACGAUAUCGUGCACUCGGACCUGAAACCGGCCAACUUCGUAGUCGUCCAAGGCCGUCUGAAGCUCAUCGACUUCGGCAUCGCCAACGCGAUCCAGACGGACGAGACUGUCAACGUGCACCGCGAGACCCAGAUCGGCACGCCCAACUACAUGAGCCCGGAAAGCCUGAUCGACUCGAACGCGACGGACGCGGCGGGCCACCGCAUCAGCUCCAUCACCAACCCUCCGCGGCCCAAGCUCAUGAAGCUCGGCAAGCCGAGCGACAUCUGGAGCCUGGGCUGCAUCCUGUUCCAGAUGGUGUACGGCACGCCGCCGUUCGGCCACAUCCCGAACCAGAUGGCGCGCUGCCACGCCAUCAUCAACUGGCAGUACGACAUCGAGUUCCGGGAUCGCGGGAUCGGCGGCGCGCCCGUGCCCCCCUCCCUCAUCCGCACGAUGAAGCGCUGCCUCACGCGCGACCUUCACCUGCGACCCACGUGCGAGGAGCUGCUGUCGCGCUCGGACCCGUUCUUGUACCCCGUCGAGGCGCCCGAGGGCACCCUGCCCAUCACGGAGGAGCUCCUCGGUAGGAUCAUCCAGAGCGUCGUGACGCGCUGCCGCGAGCGCAUGCCCACCGAGGCUGAGGCCCUGAGCGUCUGGCCCCAGGCCUACUGGGGCAGCGUCGCGAAGGCUGUGGGUAGGGAUGUGGGCGCGAGGAGUACUGGGACGCCGGAGGCGAGGUAGUAGUGUUGGAUUUGGGAGAGGCUUAGAAAUAAAGACAUAAAAGAAGGGACGGGGACGAUGAGAGGAGAGGAAUAAAAUACAGUUAAUACCUACGACUUAUGAAAAGGGGAGAGGGAGUUAAAAGAAGAGAUACUCAAAUCGGGGGUUGAAUUGUAAGAGGAGGGAGGUGAGACGGACGGUGGCCUGGUUGUAUAAGGU